AUGGCUCUGAGGAUGCUCUGGGCUGGACAGGGCAAGGGGAUCCUGGGAGGCUGGAGGAUCGUCUGCUUGGUGGUGUCUCUGCUUCUGCAGCACCCAGGAGUUAACAGCAAGUGUUACUUCCAAGCUCAAGCUCCCUGCCACUAUGACGGGAAAUACUUCACUCUGGGUGAAUCCUGGCUCCGCAAGGACUGUUUCCACUGCACCUGUCUGCACCCCGUGGGUGUGGGCUGCUGUGACACGUCUCAGCAUCCCAUUGACUUCCCCGCUGGGUGUGAAGUGCGCCAGGAAGCAGGAACCUGUCGGUUUUCUCUGGUGCAAAAAUCUGACCCUCGGCUGCCCUGCAAAGGGGGAGGACCUGACCUAGAAUGGGGCUCAGCUAACACCCCUGUCCCUAGAGCUCCUGCUCCCCACUCCAGCUGA